AUGUCGGCGCCGUACUGGGGCCAGCUGCCAGAGCCGCAAGUCGUCAAAGACCGGCGCCGAAUGUCUGCAGGGCUCGACAGCAACGAAGACUCGUCUCGCCGAGCACCCAACCGCGCCUCCGUCCAGACCAGUUACACAGACGCCCUCACCGAGUCGACCUUUAGUCCGCACUCGCCCACGACGUCGAGCCUCGCCGACGCCGGCCUGGCCCCGAGACCGCCCUCGUACCAGCGCCAGAACCGCGUGUCUCGCCCGACCGACCACCACGACACCAGCCGCCCUGCCGUCGCUUCGGGUCUCUCGACGCCGCCUGCCGCUCCCGACGCACCUCGCGGCCCACCCGUCAGCUACCGUCAACCCUACGCCAACGGCGGCCUGCCCUACACAUAUCCGACCGCCGUCGCCUCGGCCGCUCCCCACGAUUCUGAAGCUCCUCUCGCUGCGCCGCUGCGGGACGAAGACAUGGAGCCCGAGGCAUACUACACCACGAGGCACGACGCCCACUUCGAUGGCUCGUCGCAGCUGCCGGUGCGCGACGUCGCGGCCAGGAGGGACGCAGACGUCGCCGCCCAGCCCCGUCGAGCGUCGGCCGCUGGGUCCUCGGCGGAACGUCGCAGAAAGUUGGCCAUCGACCGAUCACCACUGCAAAGGCUUGAGCUGACGCUCGAUAGCAUGACCAAGGAAGAGAAGAGGGCCCGGGUGCAGGCGGCAGAGCAGAGGGCGAGGCAGCGCGCAGCCGCAAAGGCGGCGGCAGAGAUGCCCGUCGCAAGAGAAGCGCAGCCGGAGGAGCAGUACCGGACGGACCGCCACUUGCAACAGGCACCUCAUAUGGUGCCCGCGCCAGUGUCUAUGCCGGCCCCCGUCUCGGUUGCGCAGCCAAUGCCCCACGAACCAGCCAGGAGAGAGGUAUCAGCUCGGCAUGAGCCGCCAUCACACAGCCAUCCACAAGAGGACCAUUACGAUUAUCGUCUCGCGCCAUGGCAAGCACCGCAACAGAGUCCGCGGCAGCAACGCCAGCAGCCACGUCAGGCUUCACGACAUGAGGCCGUCCCUCCUCAGCUGCCUCCUCCAAGACAGGAGCCCGUCCCUUCUCAGCUACCUCCUCCUACCGCGGACAGCGGCGUCCCAAAGCGCAACCUGAGCUUCCGCGAGCGCACUGCGCAGAACGAUGGUAACUUGGUUGGAGGCGAGACACAGCCGGUGCCCUCUGGCGGCGGCUUUGCCCUUACCCGCAGCGGGAGCAACAAGCUGAGGAAGGAGCCCCCUCCAGAGGCACGCUACCGUCAGAUGGGCGCCGAGAGAAGCGUGUCCAUGAGACAGAACCCCACGGGCCCUCCCCGGCCGGAGAGAAUAGUGCCCCUCGAGGCGCGAAACAAAGAAUUGCCACCACCGCCGCCAGAGGCCCGCGGCGCUUUGAGCCACGAUAAUGAGCGUUAUCCGGCGUUUGUCGAGAGUGAGCCUAUGCACAGCAUCCAGAGACGCGCCACUGAGCCCAGCCAGAGACACCGCGAACCCCAGGCUGCCCCCGUCACUAGCCACCCUCACGACGUCAAACUGCCCGCGGAGGCGCAGCCGGAUCAAACCGCUGUCAUCCGUCAUCAGCCACCGCAGGAGGCCGAUUCGGAGGCUUCACAUCCACAAUCUCACGUGAUGCCUGCCAUGAGGCGCGAGGAUCUGCGCCCAGGUGAGGGCCUUUAUAAGGCACCCGAGUGGCUGGAUGAGUGGAAGAAGGGCACUACAGGGACGCUGUCUGGUGUGCUUCUCGACGUCAGUCGGGAGCAGCCGUCUGGUGCCGAUCCGAACAAGGCGUGGUGGGAGACUGGACGAGCCGGCGGCAACAGCAACGCGACAAGGCGCAAGGCCGAAGCUUUCGACGGAGAAUACGACGACACGACAGGGCCAACUCGCUUCAAGCCACAAUUGUAUCUCAAGUGUGGCCCCCUUCUGAGGUAUUGCGGUAUCCGCCGCGAGAGGAUUCCUACGAGGUCCGGUGGCUUCUCUGAGCGCGAGAUAUGGCGGGGAAGCAUCAUGAUCGUCACUCGAGACUCGGAGUCUUCGUACGAGAUUGCUCCAAUGCUGCGGCUCUUUGUCCAAAACGUUGGGCUUCUGCCACGGCCGCCUCAUCAGGUGAACGGGGAUCUCCCGCCCGAGUACGUCGACCCGAUUGCCGGACAUCCCAAACUGGGGCGCAGGGGCGAGACGCUGUAUGUCCGCCCAGUGGAGCACCUGGAAGAAGCCAGGGACUUGUCUCGUGACGAAACCGACAAUGGUCUCUUCGAGAAGACAAAGAGCCCGCCGGACGUCCUGCCAGACGAUGGCUCUACCGAUCUUCCAGGCUCGUUUGCGCGCCGUCGCAAGGCCGUUGGUGUCGAUGGCGAGAAGCUACAAAAGUACAAGGAUGUUCGGGGCUUCCGCCUGCACGCCGAGCGCGGACAUACCUUCUGGCGCUUCAACAUCGAGGUGGAGCUCCAGGCCAAGCAGCAGCGGAUCGCCUACCGCAUCAACCGAGGACCCUGCAUGGGGUUCUGGGUCCCAGCGCGCGGAGAGGCCAUGAACAUCAUGUUCUACAGCUGCAACGGCUUCAGCCUCAGCGCCAAGCCCGACGAGCUCAGCGGCCCGGACCCCAUGUGGCGGGAUGUGCUGAACACGCAUCAGACGCAGCCCUUCCACGCCAUGAUCGGCGGUGGUGACCAGCUUUACAACGACUGCAUAUCUGACGAAUGCCAGCUCUUUGACGAGUGGUUGGACAUUCGCAACCCUCACCACAAGCACAAUGCGCCGUUUUCGCCUGAGAUGCAAGACGAGAUGGAGGAGUUCUACCUUGAGCGAUAUUGCAUGUGGUUCUCUCAGGGCCUCUUCGGACUGGCCAAUUCGCAGAUCCCCAUGGUCAACAUGUAUGACGACCACGACAUCUUUGACGGAUACGGUUCGUACCCUGACCGCUACAUGAACUCGCCCGUCUUCCGUGGCCUCGGUGCCGUGGCGUUCAAGUACUACAUGUUGUUCCAGCAUCAAAGCCUCAUGGGUGAGACCGAGAACACGGAGCCAAGCUGGAUUCUCGGAGACCAGCCGGGGCCGUACAUAGGUGAGCUGAGCCGCAGCGUGUACAUGUCCAUGGGUGGCAAGGUGGCGUUGCUGGCGGUCGACUGCCGGACGGAGAGGACUGAACACGACGUCAUUGGGGACAAGACAUGGGAGAAGAUUAUGAACCGACUAUACGCCGAGCUUAGGCGCGGACAGGUGGAACAUCUCCUUGUUCUGCUUGGCGUGCCCAUUGCUUACCCCCGUCUGGUGUGGCUGGAGAAUAUCCUGACAUCGCGAUUGAUGCACCCCGUCAAGGCUUUGGGGCGGACGGGCGUCCUCGGCAAGGCCCUCAAUAACAUCGAUGGCGGCGUCGAGGUUCUGGACGACCUGAAUGACCACUGGACAGCCAAGAACCACAAGCAUGAACGCAGCAUCAUCAUCGAGGACCUGCAAGACCUCGCCAUUGAUAAGUCGAUGCGGGUCACCAUUUUGAGCGGCGACGUGCAUCUGGCCGCGGUCGGGCAGUUCUUCUCGAACCCGAAGCUCGGACUGGCCAAGCACAAGGACCCGCGGUACAUGCCCAACAUCAUCUCGUCAGCCAUGGCCAACGCGCCACCAUCGGAUCUCAUGGCAGACGUGCUCAACAAGCGCAACAAGGUGCAUCACUUUGACAAGCAGACGGACGAGAACAUGAUUCCUCUCUUCCAGCACGGUGUGGAUGGCAAGGCCAGGAACAACAAGCAUCUUCUGCCGCACCGAAACUGGUGCCAGAUUCGUGCGUGGUCGCCAGGCAACACGCCACCUCCGACGCCGCCGUUGUCGGCCUACGACGGCAGCCCAAGCCCGCCGCCUAGCAACAAGGGUGGAAUCUUCAGGAGGUUGUCGUCCAGAAGGCAGCCUCAAGCGGUUCGUUUCGACGGGUCGAGAGACUCUGUGAGAGGCCCCAAACCUCCUGUGUCUGGCGGCAUGGGCUUCUUCCGCAGCCUCUCGCGACGCAACUCUACCGACGGGCGACGGCCGGCCAAACUCACCCGAACAAUGUCGCUGGGCCGGGGAGACGGCGAGAAGAGGGGCUUCUUCGGGUUCGGGCGGCGAGGGAGCGAGAGUCGGCCCGACGAUGGUGGCAUCAACGGACAGUGGGGCGCCGACAGCGACGAGGACGAAUACUACGGCCACCCGGCGCAUCCUCCUCCCGCUGCUCGUCCGUCAGGCUUGCGCGGAGGAGGUACGUAUGACGACGAGUAUGCCGAGGGCGACGACUCGUACUUUACCGCGAGGCCGCUGCCGCCUCGUCGCGCGGUGACGCUGGGCAGCCAGCCUGCAUCGGCCGGCGACGAGGAGGGUCCCGUCAUCAGGCCAUUCCACCGCACGCCGACGGGAUUAUCGACGAAGCAGAUGAAGAAGGCAGAGCAGUACGAGGUGGAUCUGGAAGGUGGACUGGACAUUACGCUCAACGUCGAAGUCAACCCCAAGGAUCCGACGGGAAUCACAGUGCCGUACCGCCUGCUGGUGCCGCGGCUGCAGUACGAGUACGACCCGGCGAAUGACGAGUUGGCGGCGUCGACGAAGCGGCCGGCUCAAGAGCCGCGAGGGUUCAAGAGGCUGUUUAGCAUACGGAGGCGGAAGCAAGAAAAGGCUGAUGAGAUUGACGACAGGCCACCGAGCGAGGAGGAUGAGGACGAGGACGAGGACGACUAUCCACGGCGAUGA